AGUAUUCAUUAGCUCCAAUAUGGGAAAUUGUUCUUUCAAAGAAGAUAGAGAUGGUGAAGAAGUUUCAUGCAAAGUUGUUACAAAGAACCAAUUCAUGAUGAUGUAUGUCAUCGGUAAAGGCGGCUUCGGAAGGGUCUGGAGAGUCCAAGAAGGCGAUUGACAAUACGCCAUGAAAGAAAUGUCCAAACAAAGAAUUCUAGCUAAAUAAAAGCGUGAACUCAGUCUUGAAUGAAAGAAAUCUCCUUUCCAAGCUCCACCAUGACUUUAUUGUAAACAUGAAAUAUGCUUUUCAGGAUAGGCAUAAUCUAUACCUCGUAAUGGACUACCUGGGCGGAGGUGACCUCAGAUAUCAUAUUUGUAAGCAUAGAAGGUUCACCGAGCUUCAGACCAAGUUCUUCGCAGCUAACAUCGUCCUUGGGUUAGAAUACUGCCACAAGAACAGCAUAAUUCAUCGUGACAUCAAGCCUGAAAACAUCGUUUUUGACAAUGAGGGAUAUUUAAGAAUAACUGACUUUGGAAUCGCAAGAAUUUGGAACCCAGAAAAUAAAAAGGACACUAGUGGAACUCCAGGUUAUAUGGCUCCUGAAGUUAUGUGUCGUCAAAAUCAUGGAGUCGCCGUUGAUUAUUUCGCCCUCGGAGUUAUAGUAUUUGAGUGCAUCUUCGGAUUUAGACCCUACCGAGGAAAAUCGAGGAAGGAGAUUAGAGAUCAAAUCUUAGCUAAACAAAUCAAGAUCAGAAGACAUGACAUCCCUGAAGGAUGGACUGCUGAAGCAUGAGACUUCGCUAAUAAGUUAUUACAAAGGAAACCUGGGUCUCGCCUCGGCUAUAAUGGACCAGCUGAUGUCAAAUCUCACCCAUGGUUCGAUGGAUUUCCUUGGGAAAAAUUAAAAUAAAAAGCAGUUGAUAGCACCGUUUAUCCCAGAAAGUACCGAUAAUUUUGACGUCAAGGUUACUAAUGACGGUUGGAAAGAUGAAGAUACUGAUAAAAUGAAAGAAGCUAACUUGUUAUUAAGAAGAGAAACUGUACAAGAUCUAUUCAAAGGCUAUUAUUACGACCAAUCUUUUGAGAGCUUUGGGUAUAAUAUAGAGGAGAAAUAUAGACCAGACCCUCGCAUAUUGCAACAUAAAAGAGUUCCUGUCUCAAGAACUAUGAAGCCAUCCCCAGCUAGAAAAAUGAGCUCAAGCCAGAGGAAGGUCACUCGAAGCAACAGCGGAGUUGGAAGAUCGAGAACUAAUUCGCAGCAUAACAGCAUCACUCCAGGGUCAACAGAAGAAAGAAAGAGUAAUAUUUAGUGGAACUUUCCAAAGAUACAAACCUAUUUCUCGCCCUGAAAGUGCGACUAUGAGUAAAAAUCAUUCAAAGAAUAUUAUGAAGCAUAAGAUCAGGUCCAGCGGUAGUGGAAUUACUAAAAUGGCACUUCCAAAAGGUCCUUUUCACUACAGAAAUGAGUCGAAGAAGAUCUCCCAGAUAUGAUCAAGAAGCAGUACGAGAAGGUCAACAAAAGCAGGAUUAUCUUCCCAGCAAUAGAUAAGCUAUUUUUGAUUUUUUCAAUUAAGCAA